AUGCCUACUACAACCUCCACCCCCCUCCCAACCCUAAUCUUCAUCCCCGGCGCCUGGCACCUCCCAACCUGCUACACCAAACUCAUCACCCACCUCCAAACCCACCACCCAACCCUCAACUGCACGACCAUCACCCUCCCCUCCACAACCGGCGACCCCAGCGCCACAUUCAAAGACGACAUCUCCGCCGCCCGCGCUGCCAUCACCCACGAAACCCUCCACCACGGACGCAACGUCGUCCUGAUCGCACACUCCUACGGCGGAAUGGUCGCCAACAGCGCCAUAAAGGGCUUCACAGUCCCCCAAACACCCACAUCCGGCACCAUCAUCGGCCUAAUCCUCAUCGCCUCCGGCUUCACCCUAACCGGCUUCUCCUUCAUGGACCCCUUCCUCGGCCGACCCCCACCCUCCUGGCGCGCAAACCACACCACCGGCUUUGCAGAACUAGUCACUUCCCCCAGCGAACUCUUCUACCAUGACCUCCCUGAGGAAGAAGCCCGGUACUGGGUCUCACAGCUUAGACCGCAGAGUCUGAAAGCGCUGUUCGAGGGUGGUGAGUACUCGUAUGCCGGGUGGAAGGACGUCCCGUGUUGGUAUAUAGGCACGGAGGAGGAUAGGGGGUUGCCGGUGCUGAUGCAGCGGGUGGGUGUUGGGAUCGCGAGGGGGAUGUGUCCUCCGGGAUGGAGGGUGGUGUAUAGGGAGGUGGAGGGCGCCAGUCAUUCGGUUUUUCUGAGUAGGGUGGAAGUGGUAAGCGGGUUGGUUUGGGAGGCUGUAGAGGGGUUUUUGAGGAGGAAGGAUCUUGGGUUCGAAGGGGACGGAAGGAAGGGGGUUGAUAGUUAUUGGGAGAGUCAGGGUGUGGUUGUGCCUGAGGCGGAUGUUUGGAGCGUGUCGACGUGGUUCAAGUAUGGUGUGCCGGCGGCGUUGGGGAGGGGGGUCGGGUGGGGGUUUGCGUUGGUUGGGUGGGUUAGGGGAAUUGAUAGAGCAUACUGUCUGUCUGUCUGUCUGCAUGAUGAAAUACAGGUUGUCGAUGCCAUCAUACUACUUCUCUCUAUCAUCAUAUCGUCUCAUGUGUAUCAACUACUAAAACGUGUGAUGUAUGACUUCACCGAUAAAAUCGCUAGGAAGUAUAUACCGAGCAUACCUACAUCAUAUUAUAUCCACAUCAGUGGAAUGAUAGGUAUGUACCCAAACCUCCUCAUCAUCAGCAGCCUCAACGAUUGGGACGCUAAGAAUCUCUUCGAAGUCCGAACAGCUAAUAGUUAUAUACUAUAUACGAACUGCAUAGAUACCCGAUCCCGGGGCAGUUCUUUUUGCCUAAGAAACCUAAAGUAA